AUAUGUAUUGGUUCAUAAGUAUUACCAUUUUAACCACCGCCACAACAGUAUUUUCCUGCCGACAAAGUGAAUUUCAAUGCGGGAACGGAAGAUGUAUUACGCUCAAUAAAGUAUGCAAUGCCUUGGACGACUGCGGCGACGGAUCCGAUGAGCAACGAGCGUGCUCUCCUUGCAAUAAAACUUACUACGGCGAUGUGGGGAAAACUUACUACCUCGAACUUCAUCGACCCAAAGAGGACAAAGUACCUUACUUCUGCAAGCUGACAUUCAACGCUCCCGGUGGUAACUUUGGAGAUAUUGUUCAGCUAACUUUCGACAGUUUUACUCUUGGAAAAUUCGUCUCUUUUACCGCGGAAGGAUGUCCUGAUGGAUCACUGCAAAUAUCAGAGGCUCAGCGUCCCGAUGUAGGCGGGUUGUGGUGUGGCACAUCCUGGGGACCUGCAAUUUACUACAGUGAAACUCCAAUCGUCACCAUUUCCCUCCGACUUUUUAGAUUGAGUCAAGAUCAAACGGGAUUUAACUUUGACUUUCGUAUGGCUUAUAAGAUGAUCCGAAAAUCCGACGCCGUAGUUCGAUAUGGAAAUCCUUUCGUUGGUAUGACUCAAGUAACUCAAGCGACAACAACAUUGGAGCAGAUCUCGACGGAAUAUUCAAAUACAACAACGUUAAUAUCCACAUCGCCGGGAGUUGAAAUUGUUGAAUACGAAGAGCAAUUUAGAGAUAGUAAACCAGUUCUUGAACAACAAUACCUCGGGGAUCUAAUUUCAGGUACGACAACA